UUAAGCCACAAAUCGCGGUUAAGUGAUAUGUGUAGACAAUUACAGGAUUAGCAAACUUCUUUAGUUUUCUAUAUAUGAUUCAAUUUUGCAAGAAAUAUUAACUAUUCCAAAACACCGGUAGAUUACUUGGAGCAUACCUCUGAUCACAAUUGUUUCACUUCCACAAAUUUUGAUGGGGAACACUGGGUUCUCUCUGGCUCUUAUGAUGGCGGUGCUGUUGCUUCAUUUUGUGGCUUUAUUCUCUACCAAAACAACAACCAAUAUCAGCACAGAUCAGUCAGCUCUUCUGACAAUGAAAGCACAUAUUAUUAGUGAUCCUCAAAAGAUGUUGAAAACCAAUUGGUCUAUUGCUACUUCCUUUUGUAAUUGGGUUGGUGUCACUUGUGGAUCCCGACACCAAAAGGUCAUAGCCCUUAACCUUUCUAGCAUGUUUCUCAUUGGCACCGUCCCACCUCAAAUUGGGAAUCUAUCUUUUCUUACUUCGCUUGACCUGACAAACAACUCUUUUCAUGGCUCAUUACCCAUUCAGUUGACUAAUUUGCAUCGAUUGAAACUUAUAAACUUGGUUUUGAACAAUUUCUACGGAGAAAUCCCAUCAUGGUUUGAUUCUUUCCCUAAACUUCAAUACUUGUCUUUGAGUGCUAACAAUUUUGUUGGUCAAAUCCCAUCAGAUAUGUUUGAACGUCUACCUAGAUUGCAAGUGCUUUACUUGGAUGGGAAUAAGCUCUCUGGCAAAAUUCCAUUGGGCUUAUUCAAGUGCAAAGAGUUAGAGUACAUAUCAUUAGCUUUUAAUAGUUCGGAAGGGAUUCUACCAAAAGAAAUAGGAAACUUGACAAUGCUUGAGCUUCUAUUUCUCCAGGAAAACCAGAUAGAAGGUGCAAUCCCACAACAAAUUAGUAAUCUUACGAUUGAGAUAUCUCUAUUUAUCCUUUAAUUCUCUACAGGUAUUAUAUUACAUUUCUUCAUUAUAUAUGUUCAAUUUUAUCAUCGUUAAUUUUAUUUUCUUUUUUCCUAAAUUAAAUUUAUGUUCAAUUUGUACAAAUGUGUUAAAUAUUUU